UCGGUGUACGUGGCAAAGGCUGCUGGAUAUGAAACAAAAACGAACAGUGACGACCUACAAACAACUGACAAUGUUGAAAAACAUUUGGAAGUACAAGAACGUUCUUUCAGUCUGCAUUCCCAGCAUAAUACGUCUUGUCCUGGUUCUCCAACUUUCCCAUACCCCGUAAACGGUUUGGACAAUGUAGCUCUGAGAAAACCUUCAGAACAAAGUAGUACAAGGCAUGAGGGGUACGCCAAAUUCGGCAAUGACGGAGACAGCAGUCCAUUUUGGGAUUCCGGCUCCUGCUGUCAUACACAUGGCCCUCAGGACCAGGCGCUAAACCGACCAACUUGGUGGAUGGUCGAUCUUCUUCAGCCGUUUACUGUUUACUCUGUCAAAGUCACAAACCGUGUUGCAUAUUAUUGGAGAUUGGAGGAUUUCUUCGUGUAUGUGUCCGAGAGGAAUCCCCAAGAUGAUCCGGCAUACCCGGAGGAGAAGAGUAUGGGGAAGAUGUGUGUUCACAGGAAGGAGGCGGUAGGGGAGGGAGAAACAGUGCUGUUGUCUUGUGGUACUCCUGUCAUAGGUCGGUUUGUCAUCAUAUUCAACUGGAGCAUCUAUGGUUUGGUCUUUUGUGAAUUCCAAGUGUUUGCACAGGUGGUCACUAGGCCUACCAAUGAACAGCUUUUUAUGACCAUUUCUGCGGGACGAAAAAGUUCGGAGACCCCGUUAAUUUCGAAACAGGGCGUGAAAAAUGUAUUGCAGUGUGCCAGAGUUUGUGUAUGGGAGGAGGAGAGAAGAGAGGUUGGCAACGCACUACAGUACAAGACUAGCACAAGCCUGUGAGAGUGUCUACAACUGUCGGCUUUACACUCCUACAGGCAACAACAACAACAACAAGACGCCGAUUGGAAGCUUGCUACGCUAUGACCACAGCUAGAGACUUGCUCGUUCUUUAUGCAGAAUUUGCUCUUGGUAGACUUGUUUGUUUGAUUGCUAGAUUGUUUGU